AUGAAAAGACGCCAACCCAAUAAGGACUCAUUAUCCUCUGAAUAUGCUAAAAAUAAUAAAAGAAAAACAAAUAAUUCAGAAUCAACUGAUUGUACUGAUAAAGACAAUUUAACUCCGAUAAAAAAACAUGUUAAAAAAGGGAAAAAAUCAAAGAAAACAGCUAUUGCAUCAGAUAGUAGUGAUUCUGAGAUAGAAGUAAAGAAUCAAAAAUCAUCAUUAAAAGUAGUAACUAAUGAUUGUAUUAAUGAUUCUAAAAGUACCGAAGAUGAUGAUAUCAUUGAACUUCGUCGUGAAGAUGCAAUUUAUGAAGAAUAUGAGUCAUCGUAUGAAGAUUUCGCUGAUGAAGAAUAUUUCGAAGUUGAUGAUGACUAUGAUGACGUUGAUUUUUUUGAUGAGGCUUUAGAAGUUAACGAUUCAGAUAUUGAAGAAGAACAUGAAUCCGAGCCAUCUGACUAUGAAAAUCUUGAGGAUACUGAAGCUGAAGAUUUAGCUGAUUUAGAAAGAAACCGUAGUUACAUUUAUGAUCCACCAUAUGUAGGAGAGGAGGAAGAAGAUGAAGACAUGAAUGAAGAUGACGAUGAAUUAAACAGAGGAGAUGCUGUUUUAAAAGAUAUUAAAAAGUUGGAAAAGAAAUUAUUCUCAGAGAUUGAUGUUUAUCAACAUACUUGUGAUUUAUCUGGAAUUGAACAAUUUAAUUGGAAAAAAAUGCCAUUUUCUACAAAGGAUGGUAGUGUAGAUGAUGGAAAAAAUCUUUUUCAAUGGAUAAUUGAUGGAGUACCUCUCACUGAUUUUAUGAAAGAUAUGUAUGGAAAGAAAUGUGUAAAUGUUAAAAGAAACAAUAUAUACUACUAUGGAAAUCUUUUUUCAACAGAUUGUUUUUACAAAAUGAUUGAAAAAAAUAAUUUAGAAUAUGGAAAAAAUAUUAACGUUGCAUUAUACAGUAACGGAGAAAGAACUACACAUAAUGGAAAGGGACGUGUUUUAUCUAAAGAUGUUAAAAAAGUUUUAGCUGAUGGAAAAAGUGUUCAAUGUGUUAACCCACAAUCAUUUUGCGAUAAUAUUUGGUAUGUAUGUGAUCUUUUACAAGAAUAUACAAAUGCAUUUGUUGGCGCUAACAACUACAUUACCCCACCUAAAAGUUCUGGAUUUUCUCCUCAUUGGGAUGAUAUUGAUGCCUUUCUUUUACAAAUAGAAGGACGCAAAUUUUGGACUGUUUGGGCUCCAAUUGAUAUUCAUUCAAUGUUUCCAUUGCAAUCAUCUGGAAAUUUUAGCGAUGAAGAUAUGAAAAGUCACAAAAUUAUAUUUCAAGGAUGGCUUGAGCAAGGAGACUUACUUUAUAUUCCUCGUGGUUUUAUUCAUCAUGCUAAAACUGAUUCUAAACGUACAUCUCACCAUGUAACAAUCAGUUUAUCCCGUCAAAAUACUUUUAUCAACAUAUACCAAAAGAUUGCUCCUACUAUUAUAGAAUCAAUGGCUGAAGAAUUUCCUUACUUUAGACAAUCACUACCACCUAACUACUUUACUUAUAUGGGAAUAGCAGAUACUUUAAAUGAAAAAGAUGAAGGAAAUGCUAAAAUUAUAAAAGAUACUCUAACUGUCUUGUCUACCACUUUUAAUACAUUAUUUAGAGAUAAUCUUGAUUGUGCUGCUGAUAAUAUGGCUAAGGAAUACUUCACAAACGCACUUCCUCCAAAGUUAACUAAAUCAGAGAAAAAACAUAGUGUUGUUUGUGAAAAAGAACUUGAUGUUGAGCCAUAUACAAUUAAAUUAUCCUCAUCCAUUAGAUUUAUCCGUCAACAUACACAAAGACUUUUGUUUGAUAGUGACGGUGGUUCCUAUAUUAUUCAUCGAAUGAAAAAUUCUCGUAAUUUAGAAAAUACUCAUGAGCAUACAGUUGGAGUACCACUAGAUAUAUGUUCACUAUGUGAAUUGAUCAUUCGAAAUUAUCCAAAAUAUUCUAAAUACUUGCCUAUUGGUGUUGAGGAAUCAACCAAAAAAACAAUUACUGAAAAAGUUGUUAGUAUUGUUAGAAUUGCUGAUUGGGCUUGUAAAGCUCAAGACUAUAGAAAAUUAUACGAUAACCAUGCUAGUUUCUUACUCGCUGAGGGAAUAUUUGUAGUUCUUUCGAUCUUAACUUUGGUUCAUGCCAUACGUCAUGGUGGAAGAUAUAUUUAUACAUGGCUUGGAAUUUGUAUUUUUUCUAUUUCUUCUGAAUUAUUAAGAAUCAGUUAUGGUAAUGAAUGGGAUUAUGUUUUUCAUGGACAAUCACUACUAACACUUUUUGGUAUGAGGAUUCCACUUCAUGUUGCUUUUGGGGUUAUGCCAACAUUUAUAUAUUCAUCGUACAUUCUUGCUGGGCGUUUGAAACUUCCCUAUCCACUUGAAGCAGUUAGUGCUGGUUUAGUUUAUACACUACUUUAUUUACCAUAUUCAAUUAUUGGUACUAAGUUGCUUUGGUUUCAAUGGCAUGAAUGGCAUCCUAUGACUAGUGAAAAGACUUCGUUUAAUGUUCCUGUCGCUGAAUACUUUAUACAAUCAUUAUCUGUCAUAUCUUUCUUUUUUAUUUUAAAUUUUUCAAGAAUAAUAUUAUUAAAAACUACUUUUGACUGGAGAUUGUUUGUUCGUGAAUUUGGAGUUGUUCUGUUUGCGGGUUCUACUGCAUUUGGUUUUACAAUUUCAACUUUCUAUCAUUCAGUGUUCUAUAUCCAUUCUAACUAUAAUAUUAGCUACUUUACUAUUGUUACAUUAUAUUUUGUUAUUCUUUCUACUGUUAUUUAUUCAUUUGAUAGAUCAAAUAACUAUGGUUUGGCUAAAAUUGGAAAUCCAUUUUGGUUUGACGAAAUUUCUGCUACAAUUAUUUUUAUAGAAUUUAUUUUUAUUUCCCUUGUUUUGGUUGGAGAUCCUUUUAAUACUGUUUCUGAAGGUCUUCACCAACCCAUUGGAUCGUGCAAAGAAGUUGGAUUGUUUAAAGGGAUUGAGUACCAGAAGUUUGUUUGUCCUAUUAAUAUGAAAGUUACUUACUACGAUUUUCACUGUCUUCCUGGACAAAACCCACCUCAACAACAAGAAAAAAAUGUUCCAUUAGAAUGGUAUGCUAUUUGUGGAACAAAAUACGAUAACAAAAAUGAAUUUAUAUUUUCUGUUGUUUCAAUUAUUAUUGUAACGGCAAUCAUUCUUUACCAAUUUGGUGCUCGAAGUGGUGAAACAGAAUAUGAUGAAUUUUUGAUUAUUCGUAAAACACCAAUAAGACCAAUUCGUCAGGUAGAACGCCAAGAGUCGACCACUGGUUCAGAUGAAGGUUCUUCUACAUCCACAUCCAUCAAUGAAAUAAAAAGUACAAAAGUUAGACAAAGCCGUUGCACUCCAUCAUAUGAAUCUCAAUAUUUAAGUAGAAAAAGACUUGACCAAGUUGAUGAUGAUUUAACUCCCAAGAAAGCUCCUGGUACUGUAAGUAUGGAAAAAUCAAGAUCUCGAUCUAGAGGACUUUCAAUAAGUGCAAAAAGGAAUAUUACUAAUGAAGUUACUUCUGAGACACCUAAGAAGGCUUCUACAAAGUCUGUUGAUCACAGUAAAAAUGUAAAAUCUGGUGACAAUGCUUUUAGUGGAACAAUUCGUACUCGAUCUAAAGCCAAAGGAAUUUUAUAG